AACAGCAUUGCAUUUUCAUACCAAAAACCUUCAUACUAGAAACCGAUAAUAAUCUUUGAAAGUUGAGCGAGUAUGAAAACCCACAGUUCACUCUUGAUUAAGCUUUUGGUGGCUCUGUCCCUAUCACUCCUAUGUGCUUCGCAAGAUUUUGAUUUCUUCUACUUUGUUCAACAGUGGCCAGGAUCAUACUGUGACACAAAACAAAGUUGCUGCUACCCAACCACUGGAAAACCUGCAGCUGAUUUCGGCAUUCAUGGGCUUUGGCCUAAUUACAAUAAUGGGAAUUACCCUUCCAAUUGUGAUUCUGGUAACCCCUUCAAUCAAAAUAAGAUUUCAGAUCUAAGAAGCAGUAUGGAAAAAAAUUGGCCAACACUGGCUUGCCCAAGCGGCAAUGGAUUGACCUUUUGGUCACAUGAAUGGGAAAAGCAUGGUACCUGCUCUGAGUCGAUCCUUGACCAACAUGGCUACUUCGAGGCUGCUCUUGACUUGAAAAAGCAAGCAAAUCUCCUCCAAGCUCUUCAGAGUUCAGGAAUACAACCAAAUGGGGGAACAUAUAGCUUGAGCAGCAUCAGGAGUGCAAUACAAGGAGCGAUAGGCUAUACUCCAUGGAUAGAAUGCAAUACUGAUGAAUCAGGCAACAGCCAGCUUUACCAAAUUUACUUGUGUGUGGAUACUUCUGGAUCAAACCUCAUUGAAUGCCCAGUGUUUCCAAGUGGAAAAUGUGGCUCAGAGAUUGAGUUCCCCUCCUUUUAGAAUACCAAAUUGUCAAUUUUUCUCUUUUAUUCACUAAUUUUCAGUUCAUUUCAGUCCUUAAUUUGUCUCUCAAGUGAGCAUUGUAGCUUCCUGGAGAUAAUAAAAUCAUUAGAUAUGUCCAUUAUUCAGUAUUUAUCAACUGUUUUCGAAACAAUUAAUCCCGAAAUUCCUUUAUUUUCAA